AUGUCUUUAUCAACAUUGCCUACUGAAUGUUCUAGUAGCAUACUCUAUUUCCUUGAUAAAGCUUCUUUAUAUAAAUGUUUAUUUGUUAAUAGACAUUAUUGCAGAGUUACCAUCCCCGUAAUUUGGAAGGACCCCUUUAUCAAGAAAUUUUCAACUACUAUUAGUUUUUCAUUAAUAAAUACAUUAUUACUUGAAGAAGAAGAUAUUUUUUCAUUAAUUCCCUGCACAACAAGACUUUAUACCAACCGAACUCUAUUUGAAUAUGGGAAAUUCAUACAAAAAGUUAAUCAUAAUCAUUUGGUAAAACACGUCAAAACUUUUCUUGAAUCAAAUAAUAUGCGUAAUAUAGAUUACACAGUUCAAAAAGUUGUAGAUAUUAUAUACCACAUGAUUAUUAGGAAAAGUUCUACCUUACAAGAAUUCGAGGUAGAUGUAGCCCAGGAAAAUUUUCCCAAAAUUCCCUCUUUUACAAAUUAUGGAUUCAAAUAUUUAAGAUCUUUAACUAUAGUGGAUUUAGUAACCGACAAUGAUGAAAAACUUCAGAAUAUUGCUGAAUUUUUAAAUAUGGUGUCCAAAUAUUGUAAUUAUAUUGUUAAUUUAGAACUAUGUAUCAAUUCUUUUGAUAAUGUAUUUUUAAGACAAUAUUUGGAUAUUAUCAAGUUACAACCUUUAAAAAAAAUAACAAUUUAUCUUGAAUGUAUUGAAAAAGUUCCCAAUUUGGGUUUAGAAUUUCGAAAAGAAACCUUAAAAGUAUUAGUACUUGAUAAUGUAGAUUUUCAACAUUUUGAUUUAUCAUUAAUAUCAAAAUUAAAAUGUUUAGAACACCUUGAGUUUUUAUAUUGUGAAGGGUUUGAUCAUUGUAAAGAUCUUUUUAAGGAUAAAUUAUAUCUUAAAGAAUUUAAGCUAUGGCGUUGUGAUUCGGAAAACUUGGUUGAAGUAAUUAUUAAUUGUUUUUGCAGUGAGUCAUUAUUAAAAUUAUCUUUGAGUGAUGUUUCUCCAAGAGCGGUCAAAGCAGUAAAAGAAACUUGCCCAAAUAUUAGUUUUUUAUGUAUACAGUUUCAAUCAACAAAAUUUACCGAUUCAAUAAUUCCAUUUAUCUGUAAAUUUUCAUCAGUAAGAGUCUUAAACAUUGAAAUCAAUUUUAGAUUUGAUACGAGUUCAUUAGUUAGAAAAUUGGCCGAUUAUUUAAUAUUUGUUGAAUGUUUAUAUCUUGAUUUUAAUGUUGAUUUACCAGGAUUUAUAUAUUUUAUUAAUAAUUGUAAAGCUAAUUUGAAAAAAUGGAUUAUUACCUUAGAUAAUAGUACUUCAAGUAAAGAUUAUUUAUUAUAUGUAAAUAAAUUUCAGAAAGCCCAUAAUUCUUUAAAAGCAUUUGGAAUUAAGAAGUUUGGAUACAAUUUGAUGAAUGAAGAAAUAGAAAUUGUUGACAUAUUAAAGAGUCAAGGAAUUGAUCUUGUUGCACCUGGCGAAUUGGAUUAUUUAUUUCAUUAA